CUUUGCAUAUACCAACACAAUCGACCAACACCGCGUGCCCAGCGAGUCAUACCGAGCAUUACCGGAGAGUGACCCGCUCAGUUUGGUGUCGAUUUUUUGGUUACCGGGGACGCUUCUGGCGCUGGCGUGUGCAGCUGAGAAAUCGAUGCGAUAUCUUCUGGUCAAGUCAUAAAGCUUUUUCGUUCUGCCUGCUUGUCGCUCAGGGAACGAUGAAUCACCAAUUUCCGCCGACUGUUCUUAUUUGCAUCUCGCUCCUGAUUGGCUGCUGCUACGCGGGCGUCGACCAACCACCGGAGGGUCCGUCCGAGAGCGAGACCAUUUCUCAGCCAACCGACGCGUUUGAAAGCCCGGCUGCCGGCGACGGUGUCACGCCUGCCGGAAGCAAUCCGUCGAGGCCCAGGGUUCAAGAUCCACAGGCGUGUUCGAGCGGUUCGCCCAUCGUCAUUGGUAUGCCUGGUCCGGCCGGGCCUGUCGGACCGCAGGGCAUCCCAGGCGUUCAAGGCCCAGCAGGGUUCCCGGGCAAUCCUGGUAACAAUGGGAACAAUGGACAGCCCGGGUCGACAGGGAGGCCUGGAGAAAGAGGGGAGAAAGGCGAACAAGGCUUCCCGGGUUUGCCAGGUCCCCCAGGCGGUACGGGGUUCACCGGCCCAGCAGGUCCGCCAGGGGCACCGGGAGAGGUCGGCAGUCCGGGGCCUAUGGGACCACUGGGCAAACACGGUUUGACCGGGCCCCCUGGGAGCGUCGGACCCCCAGGUCAGUCUGGACCCAUCGGUUUCCCAGGCGAAAAAGGAGACCCAGGGGACACAGGUCUCCCAGGGUUACCGGGUGAAUGCGCCUGUCCACCGCCCAGAGCGACCGACACUCCCCCGCUGGGAAAUACCGGCGGGGGGCGGCAAACCCGAGGCGGUAAGUCGGCCUUCUCUGCUGCCCGUACGACAAGCUUGAUGGCCACCAACGGGCCGGUGGUCGUGACGUACCAGACGCUCUUCUCGAACAAAGGCGGCAAUUUCGACAAGGACACGGGGGUGUUUCAGUGUGCUAUCGCCGGGACGUACUUCUUCAACAUGAAUAUUUACAAGUCAUCAGCUCAGAAUUUCCCUCUCGUACAGUUGCUUCUGAAUGGUGACCACAAGAUCGCAGUGAUCGACUACGGGGCUUCGGACACCGAAGACGGGGCCAGCAAUAGCGUGAUACUGGACCUAGAAGUCGGCGACCGGGUCUGGCUACAGCUUUACGACAGCAGAGAGCUGCACAGCAGCCACUACCGCUUCACCACCUUCUCUGGCUUCUUACUUUUCGAGGCUUAAGACAUGGUUUACCAACAGUCGCCAUAAAAGUGGCGAGGCAGCGGAAAGAACCAUGGAGGAAGGAGGAGAAAGAACUAAGCACAAAGAUUAAAAUUCUUAAAAUGUGAAAUGCCGGGUGGUUGAGGAGGGGGCUUGUAAAGGAACGUAAUAAAGUGAUUUGAAUGUUUGUAUUGAGUGUCACUUUAAAAAUAAAAAGGUUGUGUGGCAUUUUAAUAGAAAUGGAGGCCAUUUUGUAGGGGUGACUAACAAUUGAAAAGACAGGGUGUAGUUUUGUGGCUUAAUAUGUGGUUACAAAGCCAGGAAACACUGGUUGGGUUUCAAUGAACUUCAUUGUAUGAGGAUUUCAAGAGUGUCUGUUGAUCCAUUUCUUCAUGCAUAAUACUGCAUCUUGUUCAGUUUUUAGUUUGUUACAGUAGAGUGGCAGUAGAAAACAGCAGCAAACGCCGAGAACCAAACACAACACACACAAAACGUAAAGAGAGAUAAUUUUAUUUUUACCUCCUCUCUUUCUUCCACGGCAUAAUGUUGCACUAAAAAAUAUAAUGCUUCAACACGACAGCAUUAGCUUUCAAUGUUAUUUUUCCUGUGUAAUGUGGAGUCAUGAUGACGAGUACAUGAAAAUGUAUACGCAACAGACAUGUGCAUGAAACUGAUAGCAAUAUUUGAAGGGGUAAACUUUCCCAUUUGGAUGCAGAAACAUUGUAAAUGCAGAUCUGCUUACAAACUGAAGCAGCGAGAAACCAAUUCUCAAAGACAAGAGUUUGCGUAAACGACAUAAAAUUAUAUAAGAAUGCACUGUGCCUUCUAUGAUGGUAUGACAUUUGAAAGAAUAACAGCCCCUGUAGAAGUUUAAACUUGUUCAUCAUAAUUUCUGUUAGUAAACGGUCCAUAUGAGUUUGUCAUCAAUCAGAAAUUUAAAGUUCCUAUCUUGAUUUCAUAUCAACUGUCCAACUCUCAAGCUUGAAAAAAGUGUAUUGUUUCUACAGGCGAUCUUUGAUCUGGACUUAUUUUGACUAUCUCAAAGACCUUCUGAUAAUUUUCAUUUCAUGAAAAAUUGGUACGUAUUGAAAGGACUUAAAAAGUACUACUCCAAUACAAACUUAAUCAACAGCUGAA